UUAGUAGAGAAACAAAAUUUAAAAGAAAAAUGACGCCACUUUUAUUAAAUAGUUCAUGCACAAAAAUCGUUGGAGCUCAUGCCUCAGGUAUUCCUUCAUAAACGACCUCCAGACCCUCAAAUUCCCAUAUACACCAUCCAGUGAUCACCGAGCACUCUCCGCACUGGUCCUUCACUGUCCUUGACUGAAAACCCGUGGAAAAACCCGGCUCCCAGACACACAAGAAAGAAUAACAUUUCUCCCCAUUGGUUACCCACCCAUUAUCAGUAGCUAUAACCCAAACAUCGUGGCUACAGAAAAACCAUGACCUCAGCAGUAACCAUUACAAUUACAUCCGCAAACAAAUGAGGGUUGCUUCAAUUGGCAAUUGAAUCCUUCAUGAUGGGAUAAGAACGUCUAGGUGCCAACUAUAGUACAAGAAGAAUGAGAUCCAUUUUGCAAGGAUGUGAAUGUACAACGUACAGAACACUGCUUAAAGAUUGGUACACUUCCCAGUAGCUCUGAGAUGAUUAUUACAAUUUUGUUUAUCUGCUAUUAGGUAAGGCAUUAUAAGUUUCCAUGACAUUGGAGUGCAAGGAAGAUUUACAUAGGUAUAUGGACAGAAAAGGAGUGGAGGGUUAUGGGCUGAGUGUGGGUAGGUGGGACUAGGUGAGAUUAAGGGUUCGGCACGGACUAGGAGGGCCAAGAUGGCCUGUUUCCGUGCUGUGAUUGUUAUAUGGUUAUAUGGAAUGUUGCCAUGACAUGGGCCUGAAUAGGAUAGGAUUGGAGUGACCUAAUGGAGGUGUGUAUAAUUAUGAAGGGUAUAGAUAUGGUCAACGCACACAGUCAUUUUUCCCAGGUAAAGGAAAUCAAGAACUGGAGGGCAUAGGUUUAUAUUGAGAAUUAAAAAAUUAAAAGGGACCUGAGCAGCAACUUCUUCAUGGGUGGCAGGUAUGAAAUUAGUUGCAGGAGAAAUGAUUGAUGUAGAUACUAUUACAAUAUUGAAACGACAUUUAGACAUGUACAUUGAUAGGAAAGGUUUCAUCUCCAAACUUUAGAGGGAUAUGGGCCUAAUGGGACUGGUUUAAGCAGUCGGCAUGUACAAGAUGGGACGAAGAGCCGAUUUCCAUGCUGUCACGACAGCUAAAUCGACCAGUUUAAGUGAGAAUAUUGGCAUGUACAGUUGGCCGAAGGAUCUCUGUGACUCCAUAAAACUCUUCUCGGGCUUCCAGCCGGGUGCAAGUAUCAAUUUUAACCAAUGUUUCGAUGGCAAAUUCUGCCAUCUUCACCAGGACGGCAUCAAUAAGUGCUGUGCAGUCGAUCCUAUGGCCACCACCGAUUUCCCCGGGUAACCCACUUCCUGUGCUCCAUGAUAUGGGUUUCCACCGUCCCGUCCGGCCGAUAUACACUGCUCCGCAUUUUGUAAACCCAAUCGUCCCGAGUCCCAGGUCAUCUCCGACUCACAGAAACUGGGUUUUCAGCUCCUGUACGGGUUUGAAGAUGGUAUUAAUCGGGACCAACACAUUCACUCCGCCCGGCAGUCCCCACUUUGUUCUCAGGAAGCAUGGGGCGUGCGCUACGGCUGGACAACAGGGGGUCGCCCUUCUGAAAGACAGCGUCAGACUGGGCGGAGUCCAAGCUGAGUAUCGGUACCGUCGGCCAGUGGAUGGGCAGCAAGCCCGGAAGGGCGGAGUCGCACCGAUUUCAGCCAAUGGCCGGGCGCGAACCGGCGGGGAAACCGUUGCCGUUGGUAACGCCAACAGGACUCAGCGACGUCCCCGGGAAAGAUUGCUCCUCCCACAAUCCAGGGCUCCUUGUAAGCACAACAGCAUAGGCAAGCCCUAAAGUCACAACUGCAACAAUGAACACCAACCCUUGGGUCACCAAGUACUCGGGGCCGAAUCCAGCAGUCGACCCCAGGAGGAUGAGGAGGAUCAUCGCUGAGGAUGCUGAGUGGGCGCUGGCCACAGUCCAGCGGCUCAGCGACCUCUGCAUUGAGCACAUCGUGCAGAACUUUGCCGUGCACCCACUGCUGAAUGAGCUCCCGGAGAAGAACAGGCGCAAGGUGCUGGCCAAGAUCUCCACUAACAUUCCCCUGCAGGUGACAGCCAACCUGGUUAGUGACGAGGGCUACUGGCGUCGAUGCUGUCUGGAGUGCUGGCAAGUGUGUGACACCUCCCAGUAUGGAGGGAGCUGGAAGCGGAUGUUCUUCGAGCGGCUACUGAAGAAUAUCAUCGAAUACUUUGUCCCUGACACCACCGAGUUGAAGGUGGUGCUGGAGCUAAUCCCACUCUGCAGGAACUAUGUGAAGAGAUUGGACAUUGGCCAGCUCCUGCCCCCUGUUAAGCAGACCCCGGAGAAGUUGGAUGAUGAGGCAUCAGACACUGGGAGUGAAAGUGAUGGCCCCUCAAUGGACCACUUUGACUUCAGUAUUCUGCUGAACAAGCUACCGUUUCUGGAAGAGCUAUCUGUAACCUAUGGGGUGAAGGACUGUGGCAUGAACUUUGAAUGGAAUAUCUUCCAGUUCACUUACCAAGACUGCUUCUCCUUGGCAAAGGCCAUCCACUCUUGCAAAAGCCUGAAGGUGCUCAGGCUGCCUCGCAACAGGAUCGAUGAUGAACGGUUACGAGUGAUUAUCAAGUAUAUUCUGAACCACCCGUCACUGAUAGAACUGGACUUGUCCCACAAUGUGAUCAGUGACAGUGGCUCCAAGGCCUUGGCCAAGCUCCUGCUCAAGUCCAAGCUGGAGACAGUUAACUUGUGCGACAACCAAAUUGCAGACUUUGGAGCCAAGGCCAUCUCCUACAAGGUCCGCCGCUUCUCCACUCUCCGAUCCCUCAACCUGCGUCUCAACCAAAUUGGGGAUGAAGGUGGAGAAGCCAUAGCGCGUGCCUUGCUGAAGUCCUCGGUGGAAGACAUCAACUUGGCCAGCAACGAGCUGACGGAGCAUGUGGCUGUGGUUAUCUCUGAGGUCCUGAUGAGGAAUCAAACCCUCAAGUUCAUCAACCUGUCCUGCAAUAACAUUGGCCCGGAGGGUGGGAAGCAGUUGCUGGAGGGUCUGGCUAUGAACAAGACCCUCCUGGAGUGUGACCUGCGACUGACAGACAUUGGCCAAGAGAAUGAGUUCGCCAUCAACCAAAUCCUGCACAACAACCGGGAGCGGAUCCGGAAUGUUAUCUGCCACCCGGCCAAGGACAGUGGGAACACACAGAUAAUGUCUGGUCAUGACUUGGCAUCCAGCUGAAGCCUCUGGGCCUCCCUCUGCUUCAAUCCUGUCCCACCUCACCCAGGGACUGAAAUCUGUGGGACUAUUUUAUACUGUGUGGAUAAAUAAACAUAUUGUUGGACGGUGGUUGGGCCUUGCACUUAUUUGUCCCCAAGGUGUGAACCAAGACACUCCCUCUCAC